ACGUCACUGCGUAUGUCCAUAGCAGGGCUGCAGCUGUCUGAGAGCAACAAUAACAAGCCCUAUCCAACAACUUAAACGAGGCUAUAACGGUACCUUACAGCGCCGAGCACUACUGAAAUCCUCAAAAUGCGGCUGUCGAAAUAACUCUGGCUUCCGUUUCUUCGUCGUCCGAGUCGAAAACCGGGUUAUUGCCGCGGCCACCGCCGCGGAACAAACACGGAGACUCGGCCGCAGGGGGAACAGGGCAGUUCGGGGCUGCAUCUGGGUCAGUGGGCCUGUCGGCGGCUGCACCGGCGGGUUUUUUUUCCCUGCAGUGUCCCGUUGCGCCUGUCAGUCUUUUUUUAUCCAUAUCGUUUCACCUACAUAACCCUUGAUAACAUGCAGGCUAACGGGGCAGGACAGGACCGAGAUUCAGAACUGUCCUGCCGAAACGGUGCGCAGAACGGUGAGUCGUCCUCCACCGGAGUAGCUCACUCCAACGGACUUCAGUCUGUCACUAACAAUGGAAACACUGUCAGCAACAACAACAACAACAACGGAGUGUCAGCCCAACCCGCAUCCAACAACACUAACAGCACGCCGGAUUCCAACACGGGCGUGAAAAAGAAGAAGCGUCUGUCUCAGUCUGAGGAGGAUGUCAUCAGGCUCAUAGGACAACAUUUACACGAUCUAGGUCUCAACCAGACGGUGGACCUCCUGAUGCAGGAGUCUGGCUGCAGACUGGAGCACCCCUCUGCCACCAAGUUCCGCAAUCAUGUCAUGGAAGGAGAAUGGGACAAGGCUGAGAGUGACCUGAAUGAGCUGAAGGCACUGAUGCAUUCUCCAAGUGCUAUAGUGCGGAUGAAGUUCCUGUUGCUGCAGCAGAAGUAUUUGGAGUAUUUGGAGGAUGGGAAGGUUCUGGAGGCCCUGCAGGUCCUCCGAGCUGAGCUCACUCCUCUCAAGUACAACACAGAGCGAAUCCACAUUCUGAGCGGGUACCUGAUGUGCAGUCAUGCGGAGGACCUGCGAGCCAAAGCAGAGUGGGAAGGCAAAGGCACGGCAUCCCGAACAAAGCUGUUGGACAAGCUACAGACAUACCUGCCUCCAUCAGUGAUGCUGCCUCCUCGCCGCCUGCAGACUCUUCUGAAGCAGGCGAUUGAGCUGCAAAGGGAGCGCUGCCUCUACCACAACACCAAAUUGGACAGUGGACUGGACUCUGUGUCUCUGCUGCUGGACCACGCCUGCAGCAGGAAACAGUUCCCCUGCUACACUCAGCAGAUUCUCACUGAACACUGCAAUGAAGUCUGGUUUUGCAAGUUUUCCAACAACGGCACAAAACUGGCAACCGGGUCCAAAGACACCACCGUCAUUGUGUGGCACGUGGACAUGGAAACCCACCAGUUGAAGUUGGUGAAGACUCUGGAGGGUCAUGCUUAUGGUGUUUCAUACCUGGCCUGGAGCCCUGAUGAUGUCUACCUGAUAGCCUGUGGUCCUGAUGACUGCUCUGAGCUGUGGCUCUGGAAUGUACAGACGGGGGAGUUACGAACAAAGAUGAGUCAGUCUCAUGAGGAUAGUCUGACCAGCGUGGCCUGGAAUCCAGAUGGUAAACGCUUCGUCACCGGCGGCCAGAGAGGCCAGUUCUACCAGUGUGACUUAGAUGGAAACCUGCUGGACUCAUGGGAAGGAGUUCGGGUGCAGUGCCUGUGGUGUCUGAGUGACGGCCGGACAGUCCUUGCAUCCGACACCCACCAACGCAUUCGCGGGUACAACUUUGAGGACCUGACAGACAGAAACAUAGUGCAGGAGGACCACCCCAUCAUGUCUUUCACUGUUUCCAAAAACGGAAGGUUAGCUCUGCUCAAUGUUGCAACUCAGGGAGUGCACCUAUGGGACCUGCAGGACCGGGUGCUGGUGAGGAAGUACCAAGGGGUGACCCAGGGCUUCUACACCAUCCACUCCUGCUUCGGAGGGCACAAUGAAGACUUUAUCGCAAGUGGUAGUGAAGACCACAAAGUUUACAUCUGGCACCGGCGCAGUGAGCUGCCCAUCGCAGAGCUGACUGGUCACACCCGCACAGUCAACUGUGUGAGCUGGAACCCUGUCCUGCCUGGACUGCUGGCCAGCGCCUCAGAUGACGGGACCGUCCGAAUUUGGGGACCCGCUCCCUUCCUGGAUGUUCAGGAUGUAGAGGGGCUCAAUGAAUGUUGCAGCAUGGACAGCUGAUGAUCUGCUGCAGCUGUGAACCUGGGGAGCAUUAAGACUCUGAAAACACUUGAAUGGAUGAAGCAGGGAAAGCUCUGAUGAUGUGACAGCAGCUUCCUAGAGACGAGGCCAGUGCUGCUGCUUGUCAGGAUGUCACAUUGCAGAGAUGUAAGACUCGGUGACAUUAUUGAAGAGCAGAGCCGGCCAGAUGAAAAUGGGCUCCACGACCUCCAGUAUCUGUCCCACCUCCUCCUCGUGUCCGACCUGUUCCCUCAGCACCAUCCAGGACCACCCACCUCCUCUUAUUUAUUAUCAACUACAAUAUUUAUUCAUGAGUAGUUCACUGACUUGUGAUAGGCUAGCAGCGCCUUGUGGAGGGUGUGUGUUUUUAGUUUUCUUCUGUUGUCACAUGAAGAAACUUCAACUUUUUUCACUUUCAUCUUCUGAACCUUUUAAGAGAUUUUAACUACAGGAACAUUUGAUGGAUGCACCCACUUGAGAAAGUAUCUUUUAAAUGAAAAAAUCUAUGUUGUCUUGUUUUAAUGCAGAGUACAUUUUAUGAGUUUUCCCUCCAGUUUUGCUGCUUAUAGCCAGAGAAAGAAUGGUAUGGGAUAAGCAUGUUGAAUAGGGUUGCACAGGAUGUUUUACAUUCACAGUAUGCAAGGUCUGUUAAAGUAUGUUAUCUGAGAGUAUACCGCAGCUGAUGUGUAAAACCAGUUUAAAGAUUAUCUGUCUUGCUCUAGGAUACUUAGACAUGCAGAUUGGAGGAUGACCCGCUCUGCCUCUGAGCCCCAGCUGCCCCAGCCUGUUGCCAUCCUUCCCUUCAUACAAACAGCUGUCUUCAUGUCAGUUUCACUUUGUUUGGUUUAGUUGUUACAUGUUCUAAAAUGAACUUCACACUGUGUUUGUUUGUUUUUAAUUUUUUUUUUAAGUAGAAAUGGAACAUUUAAAGAGACACUCGCUGAUUACUAACUGUACUGUGUAGAGCUCCUAAAAUCCUGGUUCAGCUAUUUCAAGAUAAGGCUGGUGUUAUUCUCUGUUUCAUAUUAUUAACAAAUUCCAUGAAAAGACCAGAAGUAACAAUGUGUUAGUCUGUUUGUCAGAACUGUCUGACUCUACCCUGUCUGUGACACUCAGCUCUAAGCCCACUGGUUCCUCCUAAAAAUGGAAAUCUUUAAAGGUCGUCUUUGAGACAGUGUAUGACAUACAGAAGAUUGCAGUCAGCACAUCCUCAGUUUGGAGAAGCAGGAAGCAGUGCUGUCGUGGAAGCUAAGCAAUGAACUGCUGUCUACUGCCUCUGUUUCAGCACUCCUGCCAUCUACUGUGUGUAAUACACUGACUAUGAAUAAGUAUUUCAUACAACCCUCAACUAUCUCCUAUACAAUUACCCCUUUAAUAUAGCAGCAAACCACUGUUUGCUAUGUAAAGAUAUAGUGGAGUAAUGGCAUCCUGAGCAGAGAAUGAAGUCACGUUCCCUUUGUGUGUGUGUGUGUGUGUGUGUGUGUGUGUGUUGUAAUCCAAGCUUUUCUGUGGUUUGUUGUGGGAGCAACUUGCUGCUGCUUGUCACUGCGCUCAUAUGGCAGUUACUGCUGAUAUCAGGACGUUGUUGACAUGGAAGUGUAGUGCCCCCCGUGCCCUGUUUCCCCCUGGUUAACGUCAUCAGCUGUUGCUGUUGUUUGUCACUGUUCAUGGAGAUGGCAUUGUUAAGGCUCAUUUAUACUCCCUUUAUGUAUGAAAAUAUAUAUGUCUGUUUCAAACGUUGCAAACAUCACAGUCCUCAUUUUUCCAUGAUUCCUUUAUUACCUAUAGUGCCAAUAGGAGGCACUAGAGGGCGGAGUCAAAAGUUUCACACAACAAACGAGGCAACGGUGGAGGGGGUCAUAAUAUUGUACCUUUAAACAGAGGCAGCGUUGAAGAUGGAGAUGGUCUGUGAGGCCAUUACAUACAUCCCAACAUGUCCCAACUGACUAAUUCAAUUCAGUCAGUAUUUUAAUUUUAUUGUCAUCUUGAGCGGUCAUAUCUCACUUGAACUAAGCUACACUGCCUGCACGAUCUCUGAUGGUACUGCUCCAUUUCGUCUGUAUCUGUAAGCUUUUAGAAAACGUACACAUAUGCAGAUGCAGAGCAUGAACAGGAGGCUCUGUCCAUCUCUGCAUCUAAUGUUGAGGAUAAACAAGCCCUUAGAUUCCUGCCGGCUUAGCCACCUCCAUGUUGAAAACUGUUCAGACAAGUCAUACGCCCUGAAUUUGGCAUAAAGCCCCUUUAAAGACAUGUUUAAAAAAGGCUUAGUUAUUUCCUAAAGCAGCUGGUCACUGUAGAUUUUAACAACAACGACUCAAACAUGAGGAAAUAGAGAAUGCAUUGGGGACUUUUUUCUGUGAUGGAUUAAUCCUCAUUUGGUUUUCUAGUAAGUAUUUGUGACAGCAGUACAGUGGGAUUAAGUGAAUUAUUAAGUGAAAAACUACAGUCUGCAUGUCACAUGUCACAACAUGUCACCCAGUGACAGUGUGACUCAUAGAUUAAUAGUUUGUGGAAAACAGUGGAGCUCUAUGAUACAUAGCAGUAAGAUGUAUAAGGGGUGGAUACACCCACACAGACACACACACACACACAAUACUUGUUAUCAGGAUACAUUCUCUUUUGGGUCUGUGCAUGAGAUUUGUUCAUGAUGAAAAAAAAAGGAAGAGAAAAUUGCCGGCCUUAUUCUUUAAGUUCAGCACAUCACCAGUGAGCUGAGAUGACAGUAACAAAAUGAUGGAGUGUGUAUCUGUAAGAAUCAAUCUGUAACACAUUUGUAUACAAGUGUAACAUAAAGUUAUUAUGAACUUCUACAAAGUGUUUUCCUUCAGAGAGUCAAAAGAACAAUCCUGCCUAAUAUGAUAUUCUAUGUAAUAUGUGCUGUAUAUUUGUAUGUUAUGGCAUGAGGCUGGGUAGAAAUGGCAGACAGGAUGCCAUGUGUUUCAGGGUUCCCAUGCCUGCCCUUUACUGUCAAAUCCCUGAAGGUUUCAGCUGCUCUUUCUGAACUUCAUACCAAAUUUUCUUGACUGCACUACUGCUGGAAUAUAAAGCAGCACAUUUGCAAUUACAACUGCUAACACGGAAAAUUAGUUUUGAGACUACUGUGCAGCCAGACUUCCAUUUUAGUGACAUUUUUCCAAACUGCUUCUACAGAGAAUUAUUUUUUUCAAAACUAUUCCAGCCCUGGAUGAUAACUGCAGGAUUGUGGGAACCCUGUGUAUCUGCCCAGACGCCUAUCGACAACUUCAACUCUACCAUCGUAGAACACACAUGCUAGUGGUACACAACAAUAGAUGUCACACACACACUUGAUUCAGUCACAGAUGUGGUGUUCUAGUUUCUACUUUUGUGACUUUCUUUGUUUAUUCUGAGUAUUUCAGGCUUCUCUUGUUGCUCCUCUUGCUGUAAGAAGCCAAUGUAGGAACUUUGUUUGCUUGCAGGCAGUUUCUGCCAGAAACCAUUUUACACUUAAAAUGUGUUAUUAAACAAGUGAUUGUACUGUUCUGUGUUGUCUGUAGGAGAAGUGUUAUGUAUGAAUAUUUUAAAUAAAGCAUUCAGGGUUUUAAAAGGUA